AUGAGUUUGCAUUCCAACGAUUCGUCUAUCGAAGGCGACGUGUUUAUCCAACAAUUGGCGAGUCAUAUCCGUAAGAACGAAGAAGGUUUGGCCAAUGGGUUACUAUAUUUUUCAAAGGCCAAGUCUCAAUCAAAUGUGAAAUCUUCAAGAUUAAGUUUCACCAUCCAUCAUUUAUAUUUCAUAACCGAUAGAAUUGAAAGCAGUCCACUUGGUGUUGAUGUGGGUCCAUUAAAUAUCAAGUUAGAUACUCCAAACCAUGAGCCUACAUUUAUAUCGUUUAUGGCUAACAAUGCUCGAAGUUCCAAACAUUUCGAUAGUGAUGCUCGCUCGAUUUCUUCCAUUAACUCCGUCAGAUCAAUAAUGUCCAGUGCCUCUGUUUAUUGGCGUAAUUUAGGUUAUCUGAAAGAUCCUAAAGCCAUCAAUAAGGAUUUGAACUAUUUAUAUUCAAGUUUCACUAAAAUCCCUUGUUUAGUGUUGAAUCCAAGAACGAAAAUCCAUAGCAUUCUGGGCUAUGAAGAAUAUCCAUGUGACACCAGUGUGCCGUUGAAAAUGUUUAAAAACUUACAAGUUCUCGAAGUCAUUGAUUACGAACCCAAUGAAAUCUUUGGUUGGCAUUGCUUAUGUGAACAAUUAAGAAUCUUAAUUAUUAAAAGUAAUAAAGUAAACUCAAUUGAAGAAGUUCUCUUCAAUUUAGUGGUUGAUGACGAAUAUGGUCGCACAAGUUUUAACUCCACAACUUCACAUUCUUCCUUGAAAGCAGCAGCAAGUGGCCGUCACAAUCUUCCGUCUACUGAUUUGUUUGACGAUCAUCAAAAUGCAUCUUCAACGACUUCGCUUUUAAGUUUACCUUCCUUCCAUUCCCAUUCCCAUUCCCAUUCCCAACUUGAUUAUGUUCCUCCUAGCUUUAAUGAUCACUACAAAAAUUUGAACUUUAGAAGACAAAGAGCAAACACUUCUAGCAGCUCCGAAGGUAAUCAAAGGAACUCCUUCUAUCAUAAUUCACAAGCUACCAUCAAUUCAUCCAUGUCUGCUUCAAGAAACAAUAAUAAUAACAGCAAUGAAAGCAAUUCCGCAUUAACUCAUUCAACUGAUCUUAUUGGAGGAGGAGCAGGCUCCUCUUCACUUCCUAAAGAUUACAACAGUUCAUUGAAAUACCUAACAGAAGACAAUUGCCAUUCACAUUAUUCACAUACAUAUCCAGAAGAUUCUGUUGGAAGAGACUACACAAAAUUACCUGAAGGUAAAUGGCUGACCUUAAAACAAUUGACAAUUCAAGAUACUUCGAUAAAAUCAAUUGCUCCGUUUGUGUUCAAGCCAUUUUGCAACUUGGUUAAAUUGAACUUAUCCAAUAAUUUACUUGAAGAAAUUCCUCCUGGAUUAAAUCAGCUUACAAAUGUUCGGUUCAUAAAUUUGAACGACAAUUAUAUCACCAGUUUAAAGAACUUGCCAACAUCCUUGAAACAACUUACAACCCUUUCAUUAAACAGUAACCAUAUCACAAAUUUGGAUGGCUUAGAAAAGUUGAAGACUUUGCAAAAACUUGAUUUGAGAAGAAAUAAAUUGAAAGGAAUCGAAUCGUUAAAACCAAUUGUUCUUUUGUUUGUGAAGAUUCCAAGUAUUCUUAGUAAUGUUUAUGUUUCUCUGAAUCCAGAUUUGGGUAAACAUUACCGAAUUGAUCUUUUCAAUUUAUUCAAUGGGGUCAAAUAUAAGAAUUCAGUUAAAAUUGAUGACUCCAGACCCGGUUAUUUUGAAGGGGCAUUGUUAUUGGAUCAAGAGGCAUCCUUUUUAAAUUUGACAAAAUAUCUUUCCAUAAAUGUUUCCAAUGGUACAUCAACAACCAAAAGUAAAGCAACACCACCUCCAUUUGAAAUUGAAAAACUUUGCAAUAGACUAGAAGAUAUUUCAGCCGUUUUAAAGGAGACUCCAAAGACACAGCCACUAACCAUUAUCACAAGUGAUGAUGGAAUGACAACCAAAUUGAAUUAUUUCAAGAUACGACAACCCAAAUCCAAACCCGGUGAAGAAGAAGUUGAAGAAAUUGAAAAUGAAGGAUCGAAACAUGAUCUUCCAAAAGAAAGUCUGGUAUUUUCAAGUCAUAAUCAAACAUUAGAUCCCAACUCUACUUUUAUUGUAGAGCAAGAAAGAUCAACGUCUUCCUCAGCCACAUUAUUAACUUCAACUUCAAAAAUUAUGCCCUUGAGUGUUAAUCUCAAUCUUUCUAAUACCAAUGGAGAUUUUGACGGCAUGCUCUCUAAGAGUUCAGUAACUAUGUCCACUGCAACAGUUUCAGUCCUCCCGCAAAGUCAAACCAUGGAUAAUAUUCAUCAAAAGCUAUCAAUUAGUAAUGGUACUAUUGCAUCCACUAUGUCCACUUCAAAUGCUUCUAUGCAAGCAAAUGCUUCUACUGCGACCACUACACCCCAACUGUUGACCCCCAAAUCCUCCAAGCCCUCACUUAUUAGAAGGUCGACUACAUUUACCCAGGUUGAUCUUGAGUCACCAACCACUGCAGCCACCACCUCCACUGCUCCUAUCAUUCUUACUCCAGUGCAAGUUACUGCCAGAAUGAGUACUUGA